AUGGAAAAAUAUAGUGUUCCUUUCAUUGAUCACUUGACUCAUACUAACACAGAAGAAAGUAAGACUAUUUUUUCACCAAAAGGUUUUAUUAUCAAUUUCGAUGAUGUGUGUUACAUUCCUUCGAAUACUCCAAACACAAAUUUGGCACAUGAUAGUCAUGCUCCCGAGAUUUUUCAAUCUAAUCAUGAUGAAAGUGUUGAUAUCUGGUCUGUUGGAUAUCUGAUUAAAACGGCCUUUGUAGAUGUUCAAGAAUUAAGCGAUUAUGCAAGAACUAAAUUGAUGGCAGAAGAAGAUCUCGAUAGACCAACAGAUAAAGAGGCAUUAAAGUGGCUUCAG